CGACCAUCUUCACCAUUCUCCUCUGACACCUCCCCGAAUGCUGCAAGCGACGGUCCUGGGCGCCGGGACGUCGGCAGCCUCAGCUUUAUAUGCGCGGGACGCAUCCACUUUCCUCGCGCAGCCGCGCAGUCUCGAGCCACCUUCACCGACAUCCAGUAGGACGCGCGCGUAUGAUGGUACGAUCUACGACGAGGAGCGGCUCACCUGGUCCGGUCCAGAGGUGACGUGGACGCGUGGCGUUGAGAUUCUCCGCCGCUUCAACUACGCGCAUCUCGGUCAGGACGUGUGUUGCGCCGCCUUCGCGUGGUUUCGCACGCCAGAGGAGGUGUGGGUUGAUUCCAAUCCCGGCGGCGCCGAAGCGCAACCCGCGUCAAAGACCACACCUGCCGAGGGCACAUUUGGACCAUUCCAUACGAGCGCAGACGCGCGCUGGAUGGCGCGCACAAAGCGCCCACGCCGCCCCGUAUUAGGGUUGCAGCGCGCCGUUUUGGUGGUAUUGCAGCGACAGAUUGUCGUGCACUUUGCCACGGGCGAGAAGCACUUCCGUCACCUCUCCUUCCCCAUUGAGAGUGUCUGGCCUCUGCCCAGUGGUGGAGCGCUUCUCCAGCGCCGCGUCGAGAAGGUUCGCCCUUCUCCCCGAAUGUCACUGGAUGGCGACACUUCUCUUGAUCACCUCAGCCUCAAGCUUGAGGCGAACAAGGACAGGGCUGCAGGAAGUCCUCGCCUCUUCUCGGUUACUGAUGUGUGGGACGAGCCACUCAAGGUCGGUGAAGCCGUCCUGGACGGCACAAGGCUCGUCAGCAACCCGAGUUACAUCAAGCCUACCGUGACGGUGCUGCUGACCCCACCCGAUCCGUAUCCCUUUGUCGUGGCAUGGGACGCAAGCGAAGGCAAGUUGGUCGUAUUUCGCUACGCCACCGUCACGGAGGAAACCGAGGAGAAGCCAGACCGGCGCGCGUCUGCCGCAACCCAGCUCCGGCCACACGAGCUCAUGAAGCAAGUCAAUGCGCGUGGACGCGCCUCAUCUGGCCGUGGCAGGCGAUCCUCAGCAGCCACGGACGUGUUUGACCGCUCUCGCCGCCGCUCACGCUUAUCAGAAGAGCCGCCUCCUCCACCUGAUAGUCUUGAGGCUUUCACGACCCGCAUAAGGGGUCCCGAGCCAAAGCUCCGGAGAGUGAGCAAUGCGGCGUCCAUGAUGCGCGAGGACAUGCACCCCUUCGACAACCGUGAUCGGGUGCUGGAUAUUGUUGCCGAGGAUCUCUGCGACACCACCAUGGUACACGGCAUUGAAGAUGGGAAACAGCUUAAGAACCGCCGCAGUGACAUUGUGCUUGAUCGCAUUUGGGCUUGGAGUCCGCCCUGCCACAUUGACCCCGCCUCGAUACGCGUUUUUCUUUCCGAGAACCGAUCCGCCGCGAGCGUGUAUCUCAACGUCCUCGUUCCCUUCGACAAUGGCCGCAAAGGCCUGUUCAUCUUCCGCGUCGAGCAGGCCGCCCCUGCGCAGUAUACUUUCUCGGAGGUGUGCAUGAUGGAGUGCCUCGCGGCUGCGCCGGUGCUCGCUACUCGCGAACAAGUCUACGACACGCUCGCUGUGGACCUUGAAGGCGUAACAUGGAUCCUCACCCCGUCUGGCGGGAGACUUCGCAUUGGUAUUAACCACCUCUCGACUGAACGUGAUGUUGCGAACCAAUUUGCGGCGAGACUGAGCAUGGGGGUCAAAGGCGACGACAGGCGUCUUGUGGACCUCGUGGACGCCAGCGGAUCCAACGUUACCGCUGUGUAUGCCGACGGCGAGCGCGUGCGGAUCUCCACUGUGGUCGUGCAGCCUCGAGGGCUGUGCCAGCGUGUUAUGGAGGCGCUUUCUUAUGCCCUCGCGCCAGAGGUGUACGCCGAGCUAUUUGAGACGUAUCUCGGCAGCGGGCUCGAAGCAAAGUCACCCUUGGAGCAGUGGAGAACAUUGGCCGAUAUCAUCCUAACCAAAUGCGGUAUAGGGGCUCAAAUAUCUCCGACGCCAACGACAGACCCAACCCUCCUGCGCCUCGCACGUCGGCUUGGCCGCAAGUACCCGGCAACGUUGGCGCGGCCGAGUGGAGGCCUUGCCGUUUGCACGACCGAGGUACUGCUCGCCCUCCACCUGGUCGCGCAGGACUGCCGCCUCGCGUCCACCACUGAACCUAAUCUUCUGCAGAUUGCGCCCGUCAUCACUCAGCUUGCCGCUGCCGUUGGGCGUCCAGACUGGCUCGAUUACUGGGCUCGUCUGAUGCCAUCAAUCGUCGAGGGCGCAACAUUCCCUUCUCCCUCCACGGCCAUCGACACCUCACAACUAGACCGUUUCUCUGAACCUCCCGACGUCGUCGCUUACCUGGCUCGCUCCUCCGUCACGAGAACGCGCCCUUUCCCAACACCGCAAUCAAUCUUUGCCCGCUCGUCCCCCCUCGGCCUCGUCCGACCAUGCCUCCAGACCGAACGGGUCACAGAAAUCUACGCCCGCUUGAGCCCCGACGCUGCGCGUGCCUUGAUCGGGUCUACCAGCCAGCAGCGUGGCCUCGCCGUCAUCGAGUAUAUGCUGGAGAAUAGCCUUGACGAGACCUGGUUCGCGAAUCUGCCCUUCGGCAUCGCCAUGCCAGCCGCCGAGCUCUUCCGCGUCGUGCAGCAACACCCUCCGGUUAAUGCCUCACCAGCGGUGUACUCGUUCAUUGGGCGGACAGACCUGACCGUGUUGUCUGGUUCCAAGAGCUUUUCCAUCCUGGAGCUGCCUAUGGGUGCCGAGGACGAUGACGAGAGGAAAACCAUCGGCGACAUCAUGAAGUCGGUGAACCACCCUGCAGCAAAGCAUGCGCACUUCUCCGCUCUGCCGCACGUACGUUUUGGAGCAGACAAGCGCAAGGAAGAGGUCGACCGCAUUAUGCAAACGACGAGGACGCGGACUGUGCCUAUAGAGAACCCAAAAGGCAUGAGUGAGCACGACAUGCAGGCCAACUACCAGAACUAUGUCAACUUGCUCGCACAACGGACCUUCGCUGUCACCGUUGGGCAAGGCAUGUGGCAGUUUGCGUCGCGCUCCGCGCCCAUGGGCGGCGUAUGGCACAUCCCUCCGUUCGACCUCAGCGUCAAGGUCGUGCCUGCCAAUCAAUUGCUACACCCACAGAUUACCGACAUCGUUGAAUGGCCGCACUUCCACCAUGCCGUCGCAGCUGCACUUUCAAUAUCCCCCGACUCCAAAGGCAUUGACGCCUCGUGGAUCUUGUACAAUCGACCGGGCGACAUCAACGCCGAGCAUGCCGGCUUUAUUCUGGGCCUGGGCCUGACUGGCCAUCUACGCAAGCUUGGCUCAAAGCAGACGUUCACCUACCUCCGUCAGCGGCAUGAAAAGACAACUGUUGGCACGCUGCUGGGCGUUGCUGCGUCCUUCGCCGGGAGUCAAGACCCCAUGGUGACGAGCCAGAUCUCCCUCCACUCUAACGCUCUACUUCCUCCAGGUGCGAUGGAGCUAAACGGCUCGCCGCUGGUGCAGUCUACUGCACUACUUUCGAUUGGCUUGGUGUACGCUGGCACCAAGCAUCUGCACAUGGCCGACACAACUCUUCGCGAAAUCUCGCGGAUGGACAUGCCGGGCGUUGACUCGUUUUCCGAGCACCGUGAGGCGUACUCGUUCUCUGCGUCAAUGGGUUUCGGUCUGGUCAUGCUUGGUCGCGGAGGCAAAACACCGAGCGUCGUCGAGAACGACAUGCUCAAUGAGCUAUUGCGUUGCAUUUAUGGAGACGCCCCAGACGUCAGGCACGAUGCAGGUCGGCGCAAGGUGCCCCGCAUCGACCCAACGAUCACGUCGCCUGGUGCCACACUUGCCUUGGGGCUUAUGUACCUCCGCACCGGGCGCAGAGACAUUGCGGACACACUCGAGAUCCCGCAAACGGAGAUCGCUCUUGAAAAUAUCCGCCCCGACCAACUCCUCGUUCGGACAUACGCUCGUGCACUGAUUAUGUGGGACGAUAUUCGCGGUACAGUUGACUGGAUCAACGCGCAACUACCGAGCUUUAUUGACCACAAUGACCACAAGCUCGCGUACGGCGUUCUCGACCUUAACACUGAGCUUGCAUACCUCAACAUUGUGGCCGGAGCGUGCCUCGCCAUCGGCGUCCGCUUCGCGGGUCGUCCGCCCGAAACGGCCCACACAGUUCUGAUGAACUUCUUCGCUGUUCUUGGAAAGGCCGCUGCCGGUCAGUCAAUGACGUACGAGGCUCGCAUCCGGCGCAGCGCGUCGCGCCAAGCUCUCAACACGGUCACACUUGCGCUCUCGGCGCUCAUGUCGGGCACUGGCGAGCUGAAUGUCAUGCGCCGCUUACGUGUCUCGCACGGACAGGAAGGCGCCGGAGUGACGUACGGCAGUCACAUGGCAAUGCACAUGGCCCUAGGCCUCCUCUUCUUGGGCAAGGGGUACUACUCGCUCGGCAACUCGAAUAUUGCGAUCGCUGCCCUUAGUAUCUCCUUCUUUCCCCGUUUCCCCAGCAACGUCAACGAUUCUCGCGCCUACCCUCAACUGUUCCGGCACCUGUGGGCGCUGGCGGUCGAGCCUCGCUGCUUGAUCUGCCGCGACGUUGAUACACGGGAAACGAUCACUUUGCCUAUCAAGAUCAAGCUCAAGGGACGUCGCGAGCCUCAAGGCCAUAUAUCCCCGACACCGGUGGCCCCAUUCUCCUCUCUUGAGACCAUUUACGUCGACUCGGUUCGCUACUGGCCUGUACGAUACGAUCUUAGCAACCCGCGCUACCGCGAUCAUCUCGUGCGCACGCGGACGAUCUGGGUUAAGCGUCGUGCUGCUUUCCUGGACUACGCCGAUGACCCCAAGGGCUACAGGAGUCUCUUUGUGCGCACCGGUGUCACGAGCAGCUAUGACAUGCACCACGACUUCCUUUCGGCUGCCUCGCCUUUGUAUCCCGAGCCUGAGGCCCUCUCCGACCUCUUCCUCUCGCACUCUAAUGAUGUUGCGGUUCACGCCGUGGGCAAGCGGUUCACCGGAUCAAACAUGCUCGAGACCUUCAUCCGUAACGUGAUGUUUGAGUGCGUUGCGCUCGACAAGGGUGCCCUAUUCCCAGUCUACGUGGGCAUCUACAUUGCGCUGGCGGACGAUGACGGGCUCCGCCUCGCACGAGCAGCACAAGUCGCGUUCUUGAUCCGGUUCUACCGUCCCACCGUCUUCGACAAAGACUACGCAAAUCAUGCGCCUGGCGAGCGCCGCCAUCCCAUCUUGCGCCAGACUUUCUUGCACGCUCUUAAGCGUCGCCUUACUGUGGUUCGUCCCGACGACGCGUGGGCGUACUUUGACUCGGGGAAGUGGCCACGCACACAAGCCGAGACGCUGGCCCUUUACCUCGCUGGCCGAUACGUUCCCCCAAUGAGGAUGCUGCAGGCGCUUCGCGAGCUGGUGGUGCGCAGCACUGGCGCCGAGCGUGACAUGCUCGAGUUCAAGGCGCGCGCCGUGGCAGACAAGUACGCUGCGCUCAUUGCAGCACAGUAUGACGAUGGCGAGGGCGUCACCGACGUGCCGCAAUGGAAGCUUGACAGCGUGCAGGAUAUCGUGGGGAUGUACGCCGCCUAAAUGUAAAUCUAGUAACAUGCAUGUACAAUAUCAU